CGCGGUUUUCCUCAGAGCAUUCGUGUCAUGUAAUGUUGUUUCUCGUGCUGUAGGUGUGUCGUUUCGGGUUUCGAUGUGAUAUUGAGGGUGGUAAUACAUGGAGAACUUCACUAUGACUUACACUUAGUCUUUAGAAAGGAUUUUGUGUUAUUUUUUGGUGUUUUUUGGUUUCUUGAAUGUUUUUAACAGAAGAGCUGAAGGAGUCAUGGACGGAGCUUUGGCUGUAUUUCUCCUUUCUUUAGCGAUGUUUUUGGGCUGUUUAUUGCUAGGGAUUAUUCCACUAUUGAUCAGUUUAUCAGAGCAGAAACUGCAGCUGAUUACUGUACUGGGGGCGGGGCUUCUAUGUGGCACCGCUCUGUCAAUCAUCAUUCCGGAGGGGGUGGAGUUAGUGCAGGACUCAUGGAAAGAUCGGUAUUGUUCAUCUGUGGUACAGAGUCAAAAUAUCUCCGAGUCCAAUUCAACACUUCCUCCGGCCGCAGAGAAACCCCUUCGUCCUCACUUAUUCAUAGGAUUGUCUCUUGUCGUGGGCUUUGUGUUCAUGUUUUUGGUGGACCAGAUUGCCAACUACUGCACCAUCCACGAAUCUCAAGCACGCAUGUCCAGUAACUACAGUGUUACUGCAACUCUGGGUUUAGUUAUUCACGCUGCAGCUGAUGGAGUUGCUCUGGGAGCGGCUGUCGUCUCAUCACAGGUGUCUGUUCAGGUGGUCGUGUUUUUUGCUGUAAUUUUGCACAAGGCUCCAGCGGCGUUUGGUUUGGUCUCUUUCCUCAUGCACGCUGGUAUGGAGAGGAAGACCAUUCAGAAGCAUUUACUGGUGUUUUCUGCUGCUGCGCCACUGCUUGCGAUCAGCACUUUUUUCAUCCUGAGCGCGACUAAUGGAUCUUCUCAGAACCGUCUGAGCGUGACAGGAAUCGGGAUGCUGUUCUCAGGCGGGACUUUCUUAUAUGUGGCCACUGUUCAUAUUUUACCUGAAAUCAGCAGCAGAGGACAGCAGCGCUCCUCUUAUGGACACCAUCAUGCAGUAACAGGAGGACACCAGCAGGGGGGAAUGGGAAUACUGGAGAGUCUCACUUUUAUACUGGGAACUGGAUUACCUGUGCUGUUGGCUCUGGGCCUGCCGGAUGAUUGAUUAGUCUGACAAUUAGAUUUAACACAACAAACAGAACCGCUCACGUAUGCUUUAUGUUUGCUCAGGCUGCUUUUAUUACAUUUGUUUUAUCUGCUGACGACAAAGAGAUCUGUUUUUACUUUAUCAGAAUAAAACCUUUACAAAAAUGACCUGUGGUUACCAUGAAUCUCAAAGGGAUAGUUCACCCAAAAAUAAUAAUUCUCAUGUUGUUGCAAACCUGUUUAAAUUUGUUUAAACCAAUCCGAUCAGAAGCCCAGAAGUAUUUUUUUUUCUACUGUGGUUCUCAAUGGGGCUUCUGAUCGGUUUGGUUACAAACAUUCCUUAAAAUAUUUUUCUUUGUGUUGAACAGAACAAAGAAAGUUAUACAGGUUUGUAACAACAUGAGGGUAAGUAAAUAAUGACAGAAUUUUAAUUUUAGGGUGAACUUUCCCUUUAAUAGUUCCCUUAUUCCUUUACCAUUGUAUUUAUUUAAAGUUCCAAAAAUAACGUGUUGAUAUUAUGGUACAAUUUGACAGUGAAGUAUUUUAGGGUACUGGACUCUGAAGUGUUUAUGUGUAUUGGACUUCCUGAUGUAGGGGGGUGGAAACAGUUUGUGUAUUUUUGGCCUCUAUCUGUUUGUGUGUGUUCAAAGCUUUCCUGUUACACAAGUGAAGCUAAAUAGUGAAGUAAGCAAUAUUUACAUAAGAUGCUGCACACCUGGGUAAAGUGUGUUUCUGGUCAUUAUUUCCUGACAAUUCCAGAUGACUUCGCAAAGCUUGUUUUGGAAAUUGUUUGGUUUGCUAGGAAUGACAUCAAUCCUUGACUUGCCAACAUUUGGAUUCCCUAGAAAAAACAUCUGGGAAACAUCUAGAAUCUGUUUGUCCUGCAGUUUUAUUGACACAAAGUUGCAAAACUGUUAUUGUUUGUUAAAUGCGUGUGUAAGCCAAGAAUGUCCUAGUGUUUGUAUUAGGACAGUGGUUCUUAAACUGGGGGCCUAAAAUAAAAAAUGUAUGUUAGAAUUUUAAUACAUUUGAAUUAAAAUGAAGUAACAAAUAAUAAUUUAUAUUUAAAUUAAAUAAAAAUGCCCUAAAAAGCU